UAGAGAUUUGACGUCUUCAUCGUCUCGAAAUCCAAAAACUGAAGCUUUAGACACAUGCUGGUUCUGUAUCGAUUCCAAUUUCCAAAACCACCUUAUUCUUGUUAUCGUCACGACGUACCAACUAUUCAAACCCUAAAUUUGGUGCAUGCAUUUCUGUGUUGAGUGUUGGCAUUCGUAAUCUGAACUGUGAAAUUAAAGGGAGUGACAGUGAUAGAAGAUGUCGUGGCUGAGAUCUGCGAUGACCAAAGCAGUGGAGGUUGGGAACAACACCAACCUCACUCGCGCCGUCAGGAACUAUGCCGACACCGUCGUACAACACGCCGGCCAAGCCGUCGCCGAGGGCGCCAAAAUCCUUCAGGAUCGCAUUGCUGCUCGGAAUUAUAGAAGUGUUGCGCAGACAAUUAAGAGAUUGGAAGAAGCUGCUAUCACCUACAGGGGACCUGAAAGAGUGGAGUUGCUUAGAAGAUGGGUUGUUGUGCUUAAAGACGUUGAUAAAUUGUCUCGAGCUGCGGAUGAAGGUAAAGAGAAGACUUUUGAGCAUCACCUUGGUGUUGAAGAGUUAAAAGAUAACCCAAGGAAACCAUCUCUGGUUCUUUAUUAUGAUAGUGAUUUUGGAGGUGAACCGUUAAAUUUCCGUGAUGUUUUUCUUCAAAGUCAGGCAUUGGAGGGUAUAACAUUAUCAAUGAUUAUCGAAGCUCCUAAUGAGGAAGAGGUUUCCCUUCUCCUGGAAAUGUUUGGGCUCUGUCUGACUGGAGGGAAAGAGGUUCAUAAUGCCAUAGUAAGCAGUUUACAAGAUCUCGCAACAGCAUUUUCAGGCUAUCAAGAUGAAGUAUUGGUGAAGCGAGAGGAAUUACUUCAGUUUGCACAGGGUGCCAUUACUGGGUUGAAAAUUAAUUCUCAAGCUGUUAGAAUAGAUGCUGAAGCAUUUAGUCUUAAGAAAAAGCUCAAUAAGAUAACUUCACAGGGGACUGAAUACCAAGUUGAUUAUAAAUCUGCUGAGGAAACAAUGGCAACACUAGAGGCUUUAAAAAUAGCACUAGCGCAGAUUCGGAUAUGCUCCAGGUUGGAAGGAUUAUUGCUGAAGAAAAAAGGUUUAACCAAUGGAGACUCUCCUGAUGUUCAUGCCCAAAAGGUUGAUAAGCUAAAGGUUUUAACAGAUUCUCUUGCCAACUCUGCUGCAAAAGCUGAAAAGCGUAUUUUAGACAACAGAGUACAAACAGAGGAGGCAUUAAAAGUUCGGGUGGCUAAAGAUGGUGAAGUUAGUGAAAAGGAGAAGGAAUUGACAAGUGAGAUAUCAGGACUCCAACAGAGAAAGGAAGAACUUGAAGCUGAAUUAAAAAAGGUUAAUACAUCUUUGGCUUCUGCUCAAGCACGAUUGUGGAAUGUGAGGGAAGAGAGGGAUCAGUUUGAGGAAGCAAACAAUCAGAUAGUUGAACAUCUGAAGACAAAGGAAGAUGAACUUACAAAAUCAAUUAGGUCCUGUAAUGUUGAAGCAGAUGUUAUCAAGACCUGGGUUAAUUUUCUCGAAGAUACUUGGGUUCUGCAGCGGUCAAAUGCAGAAAUUUACGAGAAGCAGGUCAAUGAUGAAUUGGAGAGCCAUGAGGACUAUUUUGUGAAUUUGGUCAUUCAGCUUCUUGCUGGUUACAAGAAAGAGUUGGAGCCUUCCAUCGACCAUAUUGCAACGUUCGUUGUGAACCUCAAGAAUCUAAGUCAAAGGUUAGAGAAGGUAGCCUCCAGUGGAGAUGAUGAGGAUACAAAGCUAUUAAGUCCAAGGAGAAAUCUUGAGGAGGAAUAUUUAAGCUAUGAAGCUAAGAUUAUCACCACUUUCAGUGUAGUGGAUAACAUGAAACAGCAGUUUUAUGCUCAACAUGAGAAAAUUUCGAGGAAAGAUGAAGAAAGAGUUAAAGAGCUUUUUGAUGCCAUUGAAAAAUUACGGACUAAAUUUGAGGCCAUUGAAAGACCAAAUCUGGAAAUUGAGAGCCCGCCUGAAAAGUCUGAAUCACCCCUUGCCGAGAAAAAGCUUGAUGAUACACCAGCUGCUUCAGCUCCAGCUCCAGCUCCGGGUACUGAGAUUUUAAAGACAGAAACAGAGAAACGGUCAAAACCACCUUCAGCUAAGGGAGAUGAUAUAUUUGACCAUGAAGCGGAAUUAGCUAAGCUAGAAUCGGAGUUUGGAAAGGUUAGCCAAGACUACUCAGGAGAGGAGAUUGGUGAUUGGGAAUUUGAUGAGCUUGAAAGAGAAUUGUCCUCUACCAAGUAAUUAGGUGAAUCCUUUUGGACCUUAACGCUUGCUGUUGUAAUUUUUAAUCAAACAUAUGCAAGUAUGAUAUGAAAUUGUAAGCGUAUAUAUAGGUUGGCUGUUAAUGAACCUGCAGCAUGGUCAGAUUUCUUUGAAUUUGUAACAUAAAAACGUGCAUAAUUUCUUCAUUCUUCUGUAAAGUACUGAACUUUAAGUUAUAACACGCACUUAUCAACUGAUUUGUCAGAGCUUUUUUCAAUGGGUCCAACUUAUUUCAGGACCUUGAUUGUCCA